AUGGAGGGUCAAGAUAAUGGUGAUGAGCUCUACCCCAUCGCCGUUCUGAUAGACGAACUCAAGCAUGACGACGUUCUCCUUCGACUCAACGCCAUUCAUAGACUCUCUACAAUUGCUCUUGCCCUGGGCCCCGAAAGAACAAGGGAUGAACUAAUACCAUUCUUGGACGACUCCGUUGAAGAUGAAGAUGAGGUCUUAACGGCCCUAGCAGAAGAGCUUGGAAACUUCAUUGAGUACGUCGGGGGUCCAGAAUGUGGUCACGUGCUCCUUGCGCCACUGGAGAAUCUUGCGGCGAUCGAGGAACCGCUUGUGCGGGACAAGGCGGUUGAAUCUCUCAAUAAAAUCUGCGAAGACUUGUCAGAGCGACAAGUAGAAGAAUAUUUCAUUCCUCUUACGAUUCGUCUUUCGAAAGCCGAUUGGUUCACCUCAAAGAUAUCAGCUACAGGGCUAUACACGACUCCUUACCGGAAAGCAUCACCGGCUUCGCAACAAGGUCUUCGAACCCAGUUUGGUCAUCUCGUUCACGAUGAAACACCAAUGGUCCGACGACAAGCCGCGAAUAAUUUGGCCAAAUUCGUCAAGGAGGUGCCAGUGUCUGUGGUGAUUGAUGAAAUGAUCCCUCUGUUCCAACAUCUUGCCAGCGAUGAUCAAGACAGUGUCCGAUUGCUCACGGUUGAGGUGCUCAUCUCCAUUGCCGAAGUCAUUCCCAAAGAACAGCAGCCAAGCCAUGGCGUACUCUUGACGGCGUUGAGGAGUUUAUUCGAAGACAAGAGCUGGAGAGUGCGAUACAUGGUGGCGGAGAAGUUUGAGAAGAUUGCUAAAGCCGUCAAUGAAGAGGUGGUCACAAGAGAUCUUGUUCCAGCAUUUGUGAAGCUGCUCAAGGACAGCGAGGCUGAAGUCCGGACCGCAAUCGCCAGUCAAAUCCCUGGUUUCUGCGGACUGCUGGAUCGCGAAACGUUGCUGAAUGAAAUCAUGACGAGCAUUGAAGAUUUGGUAUCAGAUCCAUCUCAACAUGUCCGGGCUGCUCUCGGAACACAACUCAGUGGAUUGGCUCCGAUACUCGGCAAGGAAGAGACCAUAUCUCAUCUUCUUCCCAUGUUCUUGCAAAUGCUCAAGGAUGAAUUCCCGGAUGUCCGACUACACAUCAUUUCCAAACUUGAACUUGUCAACAAUGUCAUUGGCAUAGAACUACUCUCACAAUCUCUCCUGCCGGCCAUCGUCCAACUCGCCGAAGACAAGCAAUGGCGCGUCCGUCUCGCUAUUAUCGAAUACAUCCCAUUGCUAGCCAAGCAGUUGGGUAUGAAAUUCUUCGAUGAACAAUUGAGUUCCCUGUGUAUGGGCUGGUUGGGUGAUACUGUCUUCUCCAUCAGAGAGGCCGCGACAGCCAACUUGAAGAAGCUUACAGAAGUGUUUGGUGUGGAGUGGGCAAAUCGAUCUAUCAUUCCCAAGGUUGCAGCAAUGAGUCAACAGCCAAACUACCUCUACCGAAUGACGACUUGCUUUGCUAUCACGACCCUCGCACCAGUCAUCACUCUCGACAUAAUUUCAGACAGUGUCCUGCCGAUGAUGGACCAACUCGUAUCCGACCCCAUUCCCAAUAUUCGCUUCAACAUAGCUAAAUCUUAUGCUGUCCUUAUCGACAUUCUUCGCCGCCUUCCUGCCGAGGGUACAAUCGCGCAACUCGAAGAGUCUGGUUCCACAACUGCUCAACCCAGUCCCAAGGGCUUAGAGUUGAUCAACGGCCAAAUCAUUCCUAACCUGGAAAAGCUGCAACACGAUGAAGACGUUGAUGUCAGAUAUUUCGCCACCAUUGCGGCAGGCGGGAGUGUGAACGCUGCGGUUGAGAGGAUGGAUACAGGACAGUAG